GGGAACCGGCUCACCUUCGAUGGAAUUUGGGUGCUCCCCGUGGUGAUCUGGGCGCUGUUUCGUUGCUUGUUUGUGUGGUGUCCCAGACUUGCGGGGACGCGGCCUGCGCCUUGGGCCAAACUCGAGUUCCGGAAUUUUCCUGGUGGAAUUGGGAACGGCCGGCCUAGGGAUCUCGCGAGGCCGCACCAGAAUUGAUCCUUUCCGUGCAAAUUUUGCCGCUCCAGUCCAUGUUUAGGUGUUUGGGGGUGAUCUCUGACCUAAUAAAGCGUUAGCUCGGCCUGUUUAUUCUUCAUACAGUUUAUCAUUUGCGUGUAGAUUUGGGCAUAUGUGCCUCAGGAAGCAAUGAAGGUCCAUUUCGUGAAUUCGUUGCUGUGUAAAUUGCUAAUCCCACGUUAAGUGUACUCAUGAUUCGUUGCCUGAGGUCCAGGCGAAAGACCUGGCGCUUAGUUCUUAGUGCAAAUGUUGAGUGGAUAAGGUGAUUUUAAUUAAGAAAAGGUGUAUCCUUUGGCAACAAGAUUGGCUUCAGACUCGUUGAUUUUGGACCAAACUGUGGCUAAGGGAAUCCUUUGCCAAGGCCCAUCCAUGUGCUAGCGCUAGCGAUCUGUACUGAACAAGGGAGGACCAAGAGCAAAAGUAUACGGCUAAAGAAGCUAGCUUUGUUCUUUGCUUGCGCUGGUAACUUAGCAUUUCUCAAAAGGGUGGAAUCAUUGGCUCAAGUGCGGAAUCAUUUGAUUCCUUUGAUUAUAAAGUCAUAUGUUGUUGUUUUCCCUUCUAAUCUGACAGAUCUGAGAUGAGGCAUGAGGUGCUCCAUGUGAGAGUUUUCCCUAGACCUCUUACCUGGCUCUUGCUUGUGACUUUAUUUAAUUGGGAAUGUAGAUCACAUCUAACAUGCUCCAUUGAUAUGAUUAUUUAAUGCCUUUGGUUGAUCCACCUGCUUCUUUCUUUUUCUGCCUUCCCGACCAGUUUUGUUUAAUGCCUUUGGUUCCCAUAAAGUCUAUAUAUGACCUCUCUUUCCUUGCUUCUAUUCUCCAUUCUUGAAUGAAGUUCCAUAAGCUUCUCCAAGAAGAGGGAAAGGUCCUGUAGGGGCAAAGCGUCAUUUUGCUGGUAACAGGGUACUUGCUGUCUUAUCCUUUCCCUUGCCAGAUUUCUGAGAAAAUGGCGAGAAGUGCGGGAACUAGGAGGCGUGUGGCUCGCCAGCUCAAGUCCACACAUCCCAUUCCUUCAUACCGAUGGAAGUCAAAGCCCAUGAAAAAGCCGAUGAAAAAAUCCAACCGAAAGCAAGUGUUGCCAACCUUGCAAAAGAUGGACUGGGAAGAUGCCAAUUGCUCUGUGUGCAUGGAAUACCCACAUAAUGCUGUGCUCAUCCUUUGCUCAUCCCAUGAUAAGGGUUGUCGUCCUUAUAUGUGUGGAACUAGCUACCGCCACUCUAAUUGCUUGGAUCAGUUCAAGAAAGCUUACACCAAGGGGGCAUUGCUUGAGGAAGUUCCUGCAAAUAGUGUUGGCUCUAAUCUGGAUUCGGCGCCAUUGGCUGCAGAAAAAACUGACUCCAUUGACCUUGCAUGUCCAUUGUGUCGUGGCAAGGUGAAAGGGUGGACGGUGGUGGAACCAGCUCGAAGCUACCUCAAUGGAAAACGAAGAACAUGCAUGCAGGAUGGUUGCUCAUUUGUGGGGACCUACAAGGAGCUCCGCAAGCAUGUCAAGUUGGAACACCCUCUUGCAAAGCCAAGGGAAGUUGAUCCUGUCCUUGAGCAAAAAUGGAGAUUGCUCGAGAUUGAAAGAGAGCGGCAAGAUGCGCUCAGCACGAUCACGGCAACAAUGGGCAGAGCCGUUGUUUUUGGUGAUUAUGUGCUAGACUUGGAGGAUGGAAUGGACUCCGAGGAUGUUGACAGUGAUGCUGAUAAUGAUGGCCGUGGGACAGAAAACACUCGUAGGAUGCUACUAUUUAUUAUGCGCCAAGUUGCUCAACAUCACCAAAACCAAAGGCUCCAGAAUGCGACUGGUGCAUCUGACAAUGCUGAGGACAAUUAUGUGGUGAGCAGUGGUGCCAAUGGAACCACACCAUACUCUUACCCCUUGGAGGGGGAGGACGAGAAUGGUAUGGUUGUGGCCGGAGGCAGAAGCACUGAUGUGCUGAGACCAGAGAGGAGGCGCCGUCGUCGCCGCAGGAACCGUGGGAGAUUGUUUUUAGGUGCUAAUUGAGAGGACAGGUGGCCAGGUAGGGUUUAGCCGCCAGAGGAGUACAUACAGAAAUGCUUCCCUGGUGCCUGGCAUUCAUCAAUUCCUGUCUCAAUUUACUUGAUCAUGAUCAUGUACCAAGUAGUUAUCUUAACAUCAGCUCAUUGUCAUAAAUUUAUGGUAUCUCACAUUCUUCGUUGAAAAAGGAAAACACCGCAUCCAUCUCUUGCGGUUUGUGUAGCAUCUAUUUCUGUC